AUGUCUUACCAGCGACCCUCGGACGAGGAUGCACUUGCUUACGGAGACGACUACUCCCAAUCCCGCGGCAGCAGACAAGAAGGAACAGAGAGAUCGGUUCUCGGAGACACAUUUCGAAUGUUCAAGUCGGGAUACGACAAGUACAAAACCCCUUCAUCCCAGAACUAUGGUUACAGUAGCUCCGGCACGUCCCAGCAAUGCUACGGCCAGCCGACUCCCGCGACCGGCUACCCUCAACCAGGCCAGGCUGCGUACCCCGGAGGACCGCCGAUGCAACAACCUGAAGGUAAACCUGACCUAGGUGCAAAGCUUUUGGGGACAUUACACAACACCAUCCACAGUAUUGGGUCAGACAUUGCCAACCUGCUUGGACCUGAUGGAAAGCCUGCACGGUAUUCCAACCAGCCGUCCGGACAGCAACCAGAGGGACCAAGUACCUAUUCAGGCUAUGCAAAUGCCCCAACUUCUUCAGAGCAAGCCCAUGGCCAGUAUCGUUUCGACAGUUUCGCUUCAGAGAAACCCGGGAAUGAUGUCAAAUGGUACGUCGAUGGAUGUGCAUACUUCUGGGCUGUCAGUCAAGCACUGGAAGGAGCAAGAGAGUCGAUAUGGAUCCUUGACUGGUGGUUGUCGCCGGAAGUCUAUCUUCGUCGCCCUCCAUCUCAAAACGAGCAAUGGAGACUGGAUCGGACCCUUCAGAGAGCCGCUCAGCGUGGCGUCAAAGUCAACAUUAUUGUAUACAAAGAAGUGACCCAGGCUUUGAGUGCGUACCUUUCUCCCAUUAUGAUCAACUACCUCCAUUCUCUUGUGCCGCAGGCUGCCGGCACCUUCACUUCCUUCCUGGUUGCACUGGGGCUACGAGCAACCACUACAUCACUUAACUAUGCAGAGAAGGAGAACCCACUAAUCCUUCCUCCUUUAGCUUUGUCCUCGGCCCAUACAAAACACGAGCUCGAGAAGUUGUCUCCUAAUAUCUCCGUCUUUCGUCAUCCAGAUCACCUUCCUGACGCUCAAACCGCACAAUCCUCCUUGAUCUCGUCUUUGCAAAACCUCAAGCUCGAUGCCGCCGGCGUGUCCAAACUCGGCGCAGACGCUCUAAAAGGCGUUUAUGGUCUGGAUGAGGAUGUGAUUUUAUACUGGGCGCAUCAUGAAAAAUUAUGCCUGAUUGACGGCAAGAUCGCCUUCAUGGGCGGGUUAGACCUUUGUUUUGGACGAUGGGAUACAAAUCAACAUGCCAUUGUGGAUGCCCAUCCAUUGAACAUCAGUGACAUAGUGUUUCCCGGCCAGGACUACAACAAUGCCAGGGUUAUGGAUUUCAGUAACGUUGCAGACCCUUUCCAAAACAAGCUCGACAGAACGAAAAGCUCCAGAAUGGGAUGGUCCGACAUUGCGCUGUCUCUGCAAGGGUCAUGCGUCCAAGACCUCCGUCAUCAUUUCAUUGAUCGGUGGAAUUUCAUUUUCGAGGAAAAAUACAAUGUCCGGAAAGACGCACGCUACUCUCGCAUCAUUGACGACUACCCGCAUUCCACAUCUGGUCCUGCUCGGCGUCCCCAGGCUCAUCCACAGUCACCAGAAAAAAUUCAACCUUCUGCUCCAGGUGGCGCUUUCCCACCGCCGCCGGGCAGCCGGCCAUACGCUCCACCGGCAUGGCACAGCACUAGCAGGCCCCAUACUCCAGGGUCGGAACCAUACCAGAACCAACUAAGCACCACACCAGGAAAUCAACCAGCGUCGUAUGGUGCUGCUUCAAGUCCAUCGAUUCAACAUACAUAUCCCCAACCAGCGGGCCCCCAGACUUCUUAUGUCCAAGGGAUGGGACCAGCGGUACAUGGAGACCAAGGUCAGUCUCUGGCCGCUACGGGCGGAUACCCUCAAAUUUCUAGCCCAACACCCCAAGGAGCAUAUAACCAGCCGACUGGGAUAGGAGGACAAUCUCCAAAUCCAUACUUCCAACAAGCCUUUCCACCCCCGCCUCCUGGUCCACCCUCCCAACCGUCGCCAGGUCUGGGUUACGAUCACACAGGAUAUUCGCCGCAGAUCAAACCAGAACCGACAUAUGCUCCAUUCCAGCAAGGAGCUUCUGAGCUCUCAAGUCAGCAAACACCAAAUCAUGCAUACGAAUACCACUCGUAUCAACAGCAGACUUCUCCAGCUGUAUCCGGCCAACCAUACCAGCCACAAAUACAUCAACAAUCUGGCACAGAGGAGAACCGAGGUCUCGAUGAUUAUGGCUAUGGCGAUGAGAGUGAAAGAGGCUUUGAUUCUGAACGAGGUCUCCGCGGAAAGGUGGACCGAUACCGUACCGAAGGGAAACGCAUCGGUCAGGAACUUUCCUCUGUCGGUAGUCUCGUCUCAAGCGGCAUGGAAGGCAGGAUGCAUCACAUCCAGGGCAAAUAUCUCGGAGCAACCGAUUCUUACGGCCGACCUUACAGUCAAGCAAGAGGUGCUAUGACCUGCCAGCUCCUUCGAAGUUGCACCCAAUGGAGUAACGGCACCCCACUCGAGCACUCCAUUCAGAAUGCUUACAUUGAUGUGAUCCGAAAUAGUCAACACUUUGUCUAUAUCGAGAAUCAAUUUUUUAUCACGGCCACGGGCGACAAACAGAAACCAGUCAAGAACCUGGUUGGGCAGGCUAUUGUCGAGCGAAUCAUGCGAGCUGCCAAAGCUGGCGAGAGAUAUAAGGUUAUUGUUGUGAUUCCAGCAGUACCGGCCUUUGCUGGUGAUCUUCGAGAUGAAGGAUCCCUGGGGACUCGUGCUAUCAUGGAAUUCCAGUACUUCAGCAUUAAUCGUGGGGGUCACUCCAUCAUGGAAGAGAUCGCACAAGCCGGUUACAAUCCCAUGGAUUACAUUCGUUUCUACAAUCUCCGGAAUUACGAUCGAAUCAACUGUGGCGGUGCAAUGGCGCAAGCCGAACAGCAAAGUGGUGUGAAAUAUGAAGAGGCACGCAAAGAACAUGAUAAUGUGAUGGGAGCUGGAUAUGGAUCUUCAGGUGAAAGGACCGGAGUAACCCAAAUGUCACGUGUGUCACAAUAUCAGCAAUACCAAUCCGCUGCACAGAAUACAUCCGCGGCUCCCGGCAGCCGUUGGGACAGCGUCGCAGAGUGUUACAUGCUCGGAGGUCAAGAUAUUCGCACCGUGCCUUGGGACGGAACGCCGGAGGCUGAACUGGAUGCUUUUGUCAGCGAGGAGUUAUAUAUCCAUUCAAAGUGUAUGAUUGCAGAUGAUCGGGUCGUCAUCUGUGGUUCAGCCAAUCUGAAUGACCGAAGUCUGCUUGGUUCACACGACAGCGAGAUUGCAAUUCUGAUCAAUGAUCCCACACCCGUACAGACAUAUGUCGCAGGUCAGCCAUAUCAAGUCAGCCGCUUUGCAGCCUCACUGAGGCGGUACUUGACCCGAAAGCAUCUUGGUCUCGUUCGCCCUCAAGACAUGCGAAGACCUGAUCCGAAUUACGAACCUGUAGGUGUGCCCAAUGUUUAUGAUUGGGGCAGUCCUGAAGACAAUAUCGUCUCCGACCCUCUCAGCGACGCGUUCCAGAGUCUUUGGAAUAGUCGGGCGCGCACAAACACCGACAUCUUCCGAAAGGCGUUCCGAGCGGUCCCCGACGACCAUGUCACGACUUGGGCAGAAUACAAGGAGUGUUAUGAGUACUUCUACCAUGCUGACGCCAAAGAUGCUGGCAAAGACGGAACCAAGGUGCCUCCACGAGUAGAAUAUGGACAUGUAGUCCGAGAGGAUUUCCCCGGUGGGGUCCAGGAACUCAAGGAACUGCUGAGUCAUGUCGAAGGCACUUUGGUAGAGAUGCCUCUGUGUUUUCUGCAAAACGAAGACAUUGCUAAAGAAGGAUUGACCUUGAAUGCAUUGACGGAAGAGCUCUACACUUGA